CCCUCAAAAUUCGAAUUUCCCAUUUGGACCCUCGACCUACGAGAAAACGUAAUUCUUCCAAAUGCAGGGCUCAAGACAUGUCGCUUCGCGGUUGCUCCACUGACCGCGGGAAGGCAGCGUUGCCGGCGACCGGGAACGCCGAUCGCCGCGGCGGAGACGGCUUCGCGGUUGGGGACUCUGACACUGACGAUAACCAGAAUUUGAGGUUGGUGCUGAAUCCGCACAAGAAUCACAAGCCGGAAGAGUACGAUGACUUGGAAUUGGAUUUCUCACCCGCGAUUUUCAGCUCGAUGGAGAGGCACCUCCCAUCCACAAUGCUCGAUGCGUCCCGUGACGAUAAGGUCAAGUACAUUCGCGACAUUCUGCUCGAUUAUCUGCCACCGGGAGAGCGAAACAGAGAUCAAAAACAAAGAGAAUACAGACAGAAGAUAUUAGCAAAUUAUCAGCCUCUGCAUCAAGAGUUGUACACUAUUGAUCCUACAACAUUCUUUGUCCCAAAGUUUCUGAAAGCAAUUAAUGAUAAUACAGAACAAAGCUUUAGAAGUAUAAUGUCUGAGCCCGCUCCAGGCAUUUUUACAUUUGAGAUGCUUCAGCCACACUUUUGUGAGUUAUUGGUAUCUGAGGUUGAAAAUUUUGAGAAGUGGGUUAAAGCAGCAAAAUUUCAGGUUAUGCGUCCCAGUACUAUGAAUAAAUAUGGUUCUGUACUUGAUGACUUUGGCCUUCAAACCAUGCUUGACAAGCUUAUGCAAGGUUUUAUCUGUCCUUUGUCAAAAGUAUUUUUUGCAGAAAUUGGUGGAUCAACUCUAGAUUCUCAUCAUGGCUUUAUUGUUGAAUAUGGUAAAGAUAGAGAUGUUGACUUGGGUUUACAUGUCGAUGACUCGGAGGUAAGCUUAAAUGUUUGCUUGGGUAGGCAAUUUUCUGGAGGGGAAUUGUUUUUUCGGGGCAUGCGAUGUGAUCAGCAUGCACAUACAGAAAGUUAUUCAAAGGAGGUCUUUGACUAUUCCCAUGUCCCUGGACAAGCUGUGCUUCAUCAUGGUCGUCAUCGCCAUGGUGCUAGAGCUACAACAUCGGGUUAUCGUAUCAAUCUACUUCUAUGGUGCAGAAGUUCUGUUUUUAGAGAGAUGAAAAGGUAUAAAAAUGAUUUCUCUACCUGGUGUGCUGUGUGCUAUCAAGAGAGGAAAAACAGGCUGCUCGAGUCAAUUGAUGAGACCAGAUUGGCACUGUCCAGGAGGGAGGGCAAAACAAUUGCAUAAUCUGUUUUGUUCAGAUGAUCAGUGGAAAUGGAUGGUUGAAAAGUAAUGUAGCCGUAAUUAUUUAUUCCAAUGAGCCUAUGAUUACCAAAGGAGUGGGAUAACUUUACCGACCGCUUGGAUUCUUUCAUCCAAAAAUAGUUACUGCCUAUAUGUUUUAUCAAAUGAUUCUAAAUUCU